AUGCCCGGAGCCACAUCUGAUGGCCUGCAUGUUCAUGGAGGGAAUAUCGAUGUUGAAGCUCCGGACUUCCAGAUCUCUUCAGCUUGGCCUCCAGUAAUCGAGGUUCUGACCUCCAUACCAAGGUCAUCUAAGCUGUCGAAAACUGAGGAUGAUUUGAAUACAGAACACUGUAUGCUUUCCAGGGGAGAUUUGUACACGGCACCACACAACCACUUCACAACGAGCCCACCACAAUGUCUCGCUGGACCGAAUACACUCCUGUCAUCCGAAAGCCGCUUCUUCAUGCACCAUUAUUGCAGUCAGACAGCGCCCGUCAUUUUCCCAAUGUCAGGAGACUCUAAUCCACUUCGAGGCGGACUGCUUCAAGUUGCUUUUGGCACCCCGCAUCUCCUAUAUGCAUUACUCGCGUCCGGUGCCAGACAUUAUGCUCGGCUACGUGGCUUUGUCGACGAAUUCACCUCAAUGUCUGUUGCAACGUUUACCCAUGCCGCUCUGAAGGGCCUUCGUCUGGCAAUGAACGAUCCCAGCCAAAUGCACAAGAAAGAGACUGUCGGUACUGCCCUUGCUCUCUGCACAUCUGAUGUGAUCUCUGGCAAUUUGGAUACAUGGAGAAUACAUUUGCUGGGAAUACAUAAGCUUCUUCUUUCUGCGCUUGAACACGACAAGGAAAUGGAUCGCGAUAUCGACUCAACUUGGCACUUCCUCAUCAAAUGGUUCGAGACACUUGAUAUGUUUGCGGGAAUUUCGGGCCUUCGUACAAGUACUGUGCGCCACGGCCAGUAUCGUUCCGCAAGGCGAGCUGCCUACAUUGACGAGUUUGUUGGAUGUUCUUUGGAGCUGAUGCCUCUCCUGGCCAAGAUUGGACGCUUGGCUCGAAAGCAGACAAAACAUAUCGAACGCGUCUAUGGGACCGACGAUGCGGAGCGAGAGAAUAGUCAUAAUGGCCUUGCGGACGACAUUCAAAGCACGGAGAAACAGAUAUACAGUUUAUUAGAUCGCAAGGUUCGCCCUUCCUUUGCGCAGAAUCCGCUCAAUAUGACAUUGGCCAAAGACAUGGAGAAUACCCAUCAAGCAUUUAUUUAUGCUUCGUUACUACACCUUUAUCGAAGGGUGGAACAGUUACCUAAGAACCAUAUCAAGCCGGCACAUGCAACCUAUCAAAUUGUCGGCGCACUGCAGAGGAUUCGUCCAGACUCUGUGGCCAACAUCCUCGUACUCUGGCCAGUUUUUACCGCCGGUUGUGAAACUGAUGACCCAAGCCAGAGACGAAUUCUCCAAGAGAGAAUGCAGAGCAUGGCGGCUUUCGGAAUGGGCAAUGUGAAUAGUGCUCUUCAAGCCAUGACUAAAUAUUGGGAUGCCGGAGGAAGCGAGAGGUGGGAUGUUUUCCUGGACCGCCACGGUCAUGAUAUUGUGCUGUUUUGA